AUGGCAGCUAGCGCCUCUCGAUCUUAUAAUGAUUACACGGUCGGGUGGGUAUGCGCUUUACCUCUAGAGAUGGCAGCCGCAAAGCUUAUGCUAGAUGCAAUACACCCAAGCCUACCUCGCCCGCCAACCGAUCAAAAUACGUAUAUUCUGGGAAAUAUUAGGGAUCACAACAUUGUUAUUACCUGCUUACUAAGUGGCUUGCUCUCGAGUUUCUAUUCUAUCCGGUUCGGUCUAAUGGUCGGUAUCGGUGGUGGUGUACCAAGCAGUAGCGCAGACAUUCGACUAGGCGAUAUUAUAGUGAGCCAGCUAGCGGACUUAUCUAGAGGCGUGAUCUAA